AUGACCUUCAAGAAAAUCCAACAACUCCUCUGCGAUCGCGAGAACGUGCUCGGGCCGCGGUGUUUUGCAGGGGAUUCCGCCAAAGCCGCCGCGCUGGCCGCGCAUUUUAUGCCGCAAUACUCCUUAAACGCGGAGGAAUCGCCCCUCACGAACUCGGAGGACAUCGUCCGCGAGGCGAUCGCGAAUCCGGACGAAUUCAUUCUCAAACCCCAGCUCGAGGGCGGGGGAAAUAUCUUCUACGGGGACGAAAUGCGCCGGCUUCUUCAGCUAACCGAUGUCCACGACCCCGAAUACCUCCACGUCCAAAAGGAGUGUAUUCUCAUGCGCAAAAUUCACAGCCCGGCGGAGACCACCGCCCUCUUUCGCGAAAAAACAAUCGUCCCGCUGGAGAAGUUUGCGCUUUCGGAGCUCGGGAUCUUCGGCGUUGUCCUUUCCGACGGCGCGGAGUUUAUGUUGAACGAACCCGCCGGUUAUGUCGUUCGCACAAAACCCGCGAGUAUUCAGGAUGGGGGGGUGAUCGCCGGAAAUGCAUGCCUGAACAGCUUAUUGGUGGUGUGA